GUUCUGACGCUCUUUUUGGAGACAGUGUCGGCUAAAUUUCCGAUUUUGAUAUGAAAUCUUCUCAUUUUGUGGUUGCGGCCAGAAAAAGAUUGUAAAAGUUUGACCGCUAACAGCAACUAACUCCAGAUAUCAAACCAUAAGUUUGUAUUAUAUAUAUUCAAUAAAUUCCCAGAAGUCAAGCCUAACUGAGAGGUAGAAAGAAUAAGUAACAGUAAAAAAAAGAGGACAUUAGAUAGCAUGGCACCAUCCGAAACAAAAGUCGACACCACAACUACCAUUUCAGAUGUUCAACCUACAACAUCCAAAGGAUAUGCAGUUGGUCAAAGAGGUAGUCACAAUAUCGCCAAAGGUGGUCAACAUCCAUAUCCAUUACCUAAAUUCACAGAUAAAUAUGCCGAACGAGAAUGGAUUCUUCAACAUAUGGCAGCUGCAUUCAGAGUAUUUGCUAGAAAAGGCUAUAGCGAAGGUACAGCAGGUCAUAUAAGUGUUCGUGAUCCAGUUGAUCCUACAACUUUCUGGAUUAAUCCUUUAGGGAAGCAUUUUGGACUUAUGAAAAAAUCUGACUUUGUUCAUGUUAAUGAAGCAGGAGAAAUCUUACCUGAUGGAUCUCAAAUUGCUAUUAAUGCAGCUGGUUUUGCUAUUCAUAGUGCUAUUCAUCAAGCUCGUCCAAACGUAAAUGCUGCAUGUCAUGCUCAUUCUGUUUACGGUAAAGCAUGGAGUGCCAUAGGUAGAGAAUUGGAUAUGAUUAAUCAAGAUGUUUGUACAUUUUAUAAGUCUCAUUCAGUUUAUAAUGAUUUUGGUGGAGUAGCUUUAGAAUUAGAAGAAGGGAAACAUAUUGCCAAAGCUUUAGGAAAUGGUAAAGGUGUUAUAUUAAGAAACCAUGGUUUAUUAACAGUAGGAGAAACAGUAGAUGAGGCUGCUUAUUUAUUCACAUUAUUGGAAAGAAGUUGCGAAACUCAAAUUUUAGCAGAAAGUGCUUUGAGACCAGGUGAACAAUUACUUGUUGCAGGGGAAGAAGAAGCUGCCUACACAGAACAUCAAGCAGGAGAUUCUGAAACUUUAUAUACCGAAUUUCAACCUGAAUAUGAUAUGGAGGUAUAUUUAAAUGAUGAUUUUUUGAAUUAGGUAGCUACUACCAUAUUGUCCGUUUGCAACUUUUGUAGUAUUUUAUCACUGGUAAACUAAAGAAUAGUACAAUUAAGUAUAGUUAAGUAUAGUUAAGAAAUGUAUUUCAUAUGUAUGCACAAUGAGUUAUGUGUAAUUUGUUUAGUCUAAUGCGAUGUAUGGGAAGGAAGUAAGUAAGCAUUUAGCGGAAGUGUUCUGCGAGGUGUACCUACAUAGAGCAUUGAAUGAAAUUAUAGUCAUUG